UUCAGAUGGCAGUUUAACGAGUUGAUGCUAGUCUCUCACUGAGUCACACGCUUUUUUCCUCUUCAUUCAUAGCUUUUCUUCUUUUCAUUUAUUUGAAAAUAAUAAAACACUCCAAAAACAGUCUCUAUACAAAAACCUAAAUCCGCUGAAUCCUUCUGCUCCUCGUAUCAAAAAACAAAAUCUCUAACAUCGAGUGCGCUAAAUCCUUGGAUGUUGCGAUUUUCUCAUAAAUUUUUUUACUUUUCUAGUUUCUACUGAGAAGGUUCAAGUUUGUGUUUUUUUCAUUUCCAUUCUAAAUUCUAAUCAAUGGCUUCAAGAUCUGUCGAAGGAGACCAAUCAACGCAAGCUGAAGAUGAUUACAAUGCCAUGCUUUCAACCACUGAUGUUGAACUUCUCAAACGAGCUUGGCGUAAUGAGAAGGCAGCCCCGGAGAUUCUUCCUUUUCAAUCGGAUUUGAUUGCACGUGUCAGAGAACAAAUUGAAUUGAUGGAAGAGACUGUGGAGGAAAAAUCUAGUGUUGGGACUGACCCUCUUUCGGUGUCUUUGUAUCAAAUGGAUUUGGAUAGAACCCUGUUUCUGUUAAGGUCAUAUCUUCGUAUUCGUAUCUUGAAGAUUGAAAAGUACAUGUUCCACAUCCGAAAAACUGAUGAACUUUGGAACAGGCUUUCUAAGGAUGAGAAAUUUUUCACCGAAAGGUGCACAGAUGACUUAAAGAAACAUCUGGAGGAGAGUGUUCUAUCAAAACUGCCUGAAAAUUAUCAGUCUCAUGAGAGGCAAUCGAUUAUUAGCGAAGAGGAUGACAUGAUUCCUGAACCACGACUAGACACAUUUGUUUUGUGUAGAAGUAAAGACUAUCUCACAGGCAUUCAGCUUGGAGACGGACCUGUUGAUGACAGGUCAAAGCUGUUUGAAAUGGAGGCUGGUGUCCUUUACUUUAUAUGUUACAAAUCAAUAAAGCCACUAGUAGAGAGUGGCAAAAUUGAACUACUAUGACCUCUUUACUACUCGUCGAAAAAUAGCAACCUCUUAACUUGAUAAUGUUAUAUUUAGUUAUGUUGUUUUAUCAUACUUUCUCUGUCCCAGAUUAUGUGAUUCUAGAAGAAGAAUAAAAACAUUUGUACCACAUACUAUUUUGGUAAUAUUUUUCGAACUGGUGCAUGAAUGCUUCAAUUCAUCGCGCGGAGGAUUCUUUAUACUCUUUGAAUAUGAGGACACGAAACUGUUAGCUGCGGGUGAUUAGAGCUCGUAGUGUCAGAUAGAUUAGUUCAUUUUGUUGAGUUUUUUAGAGUUGGUUACUGAGUUGUUUAGUUUGGUUGUUAGAGCAGUUAGAUACAAGAGUUUAUUUCCUCUCUUCUUCCUUAAGCUAAUGCACUUUUCUUCUUUUGCAUCA